CAAAGAGUUCAGCAUGACCAAUUUGCUCAGAAGUUGGCUUUCUAGAAGCCAACUUUAAGUGGAUGCCAUUGUUCAACUUGAGUCUUUUUGCCAAAAGCAGAUCGACGGUUGAGAGUCGGGGCCGAUGCAAUGGGGCGAUGCCGACGUCGGGACUGUAUGCGCUACUUCAGAAAGCCAGGCCAGGGUGGAGCAGCAAGGAUUUACUCAAGGUUUAUCAGAAGUUGCAGAAGGUGUCCAUCACAGAUGGAGAAUCUCUGGCACGAGCUGUCUCUGAAGGAUCCUUAAACCAAGUCCUCGCGGCGGCGGGGGAGCGGAAGUUGAAGCCUUCCACACUCCAACUGCUGAGGCUCGCCAGCCGAGACCCCACACGGGGACACCGGGAGGCAGUGCGGGUUGAGCCGCUUCAGCCCAAGCGGUGCUUCUGCGGAAGCUGCAUCAGGGUACCAUUGUGUAAGCCGCGAGGCCCCAGCUCGCAGCUCCUGAAGCUGCCGAGUGUUGGGUGCAGUCUGCCACCCCUGAUGCCAUCUAAACGCCGUGUGAUGGUGCCCCUUCCUCGCAUUAAGUCUGAGCCAUGUUUUGGCCAUCUAAAGAGGAGAUCUGCAGGUGAGCACCACAAAGGAAGAAAUGGACUUCAAAGCAGCAACUCUGUGGGCCAUUUGCGGGUUCCAGCCCUCCCGGCUUUGGUGGAACCGCGAGUCUUUGAUCCACCACUCCACCCACCGGUGCACCGGCUGCCGAUCCGUGCGAGUGUGGAGGAACUGACGGAGGAACCUACAGAAUGGCAACGGUACUGGGAAGCAACGAAGUUGGAGGGCCGCCUGGAGACUGUGGAGGAGGGCAGCUGGGUUCCAAGUGCUUUGUCAUCAAGAGCAUCGUCCAACUCCUUCAACUCCUACUUGACCUUUGUGGGAAAGAAAGGCCCUGAUGCUCCAGAGUCUGACGAAGUCAUUGGUGAGUUCGAAGAGGCAUUGUGCACUCAGGAGAGCUACCGUAUGUCCUUUGAUGGCUCCGACUCAGAUGACUCCUUGGAGGAGGCCGAAGUGACGGUGCAUCCGAUGCCGCCUAGGUUGCAAUCCUCAACGAGGACUAUCUUUGGCAGCAAGACCCAGGGGCUCCUCUUCUCGGGAGAGCAGCCCACCCUCGAGCCUUCGACCGAAGCCGCGUGCUGAGCGGCAAGUGGAGACCCUGCAGCGUCACAUGGAACAUCAAAGGCAGCUUCAGCGCAGGCGAAUGAUCCGCGCUUAUGGCUGAACGCCCCGGCAACGUCGCUUGUACAUAGCGCUGAGUCAUCUACCUAAGGUAGCUGCACUCGGAUGGACGUUGUGUGGCGAAAGUCCGCCAUGGAUUUCGGUGUGAGUGGGUUAGAGAAUGCUCGACCGUGCAGUGACCAUGCACUCAGUGCAAGUUACUGUAAGUUGUUUCUCACAGUAUUGGAUUGAGC